AUGGCAGAAAUGCUGCAAAGAUUAAGCAUGCUCUGCCAUCUCAAAAGAUACACAGCAGAAACACAGCAUGAGGAGCACCUUAAUGGUUUGACUCCGGAUCAGCCUGGCACAGGCGUUCGUAUUAGUAAGACAUUUGCCUCAUAUGUUGUACCAGCUGGAACAAUCUUAUAUCUUGAUAUCUUCCAAGUUCAUAGGGACCCCAAUUUUUGGCCAAAUCCAGAAGUAUUUGAUCCGGAUAGAUUUUUGCCCAAAAAUAUACAAAAUCGUCAUCCUUUUUCCUAUCUACCAUUCAGCGCAGGAUCGAGGAAUUGCAUAGGUCAACGAUUCAGCCUGCUGGAGAUGAAAGCUAUGAUUGCUUCUUUGGUGCACAAUUUUUACUUGGAGCCCAUAAAUUAUUUAAAGGAUAUACAGUUGAAAUUCGAUAUCAUUAUUCGUCCGUGUCAUCCGGUUUAUAUAAAGUUUAUCCCAAUCAGCCGCAAAUAAUCGUUUAAACUAAUCACAUAAAUAUAAGAAAUUAAUGAAAACCUUUUUAUUAAUGAAAAUUUCAUCUUCAGUCCAGUAAAGAAAAUUUGGUUGAUAUCCGCAGAUAAUUUUAGAAUUAACACGGAUAUCAUAUCAAUGUAAGAAAUUAAUGAAAAUGUUUUCAUUAAUGAAAAUAUUCAUAUUUUAUUAAUUUCUAUCAUUCAUGUAACAUCCGUAUUACUGGACUGAAGAUGGAUCAAAUCAAGAACCGAAAAUUUUGAUUAAUUAAAGAAGAAUUUCUACAA